GGGAGCGGAUACCUGUCAAAUUUGGGUACCCACUCCCACUUCCGCUGCGAUCGCCUAGGCGAUCGGAAGCGGAAGCUGUCCUCCCCCCUCCCUCCAAGUAGUCUUCUGGAAUACGUGACAGGUCCCAGAAGACUACAGGACCAUUCAGAAUGCUCAGUGCUACUCGUGCAUGCGCAGUGGGCACCGUGCUAUGAAGCCGCAAGCUGUCACAGCCGGGUGCCCACACUAAAGAUGCCGGCACCAGGAACAAAGGACGGCUGGUGAAAUGGUCUGCAGGGAGGACAUCAUGG